AUGGCUUCGCCUCUCCUUGCCGCGCGGGCGGCCCGCAAGGCUGCUUUCAAUGUCGCUGGCAAGCGAUUUCUAUCUGAUAUCUCCAUUACCCGAACUGGCAAGCCUAUCAUGCGUGUUGAGGGUGGCCGCUGCGAGAUCACGAACGACACUAACGAGGAGCAACCAGGCCAUACUGUCACCGUAUUUGGCGCAACCGGUCAAUUGGGACGAUAUAUCGUCAACCGCCUGGCUCGUCAAGGAUGCACUGUCGUUAUCCCUUACCGCGAGGAGAUGGCCAAACGUCAUCUUAAGGUCACUGGAGAUCUUGGCCGUGUUGUCUUCAUCGAGCACGACCUUCGAAACACACCUUCUAUCGAGGCAAGCGUUCGACACUCGGAUGCCGUUUUCAACCUGAUCGGCCGCGAUUACCCAACCAAGAACUUCUCUCUGGAGGAUGUGCACAUCGAGGGUACCGAGCGAAUUGUCGAGGCAGUGUGCAAAUACGACGUUGACCGAUAUAUCCACGUCUCGUCCCACAGCGCGAACUCCCAGUCCGUUUCUGAGUUCUACCGUACUAAGGGUCGAGCGGAGGAGAUCGCUCGAAGCCUCUUCCCUGAGACCACCAUCGUCCGACCUGCGCCCAUCUUUGGGUUUGAGGACAAUCUCCUGCUCAAGUUGGCUGGUGUCACCAAUCUAUUCACUUCCAACAACAUGCAAGAGAAGUUCUACCCUGUUCACUCAAUCGAUGUCGGUGCUGCUCUUGAGAAGAUCUUCUUCGACGACACUACUGCUGGACAGACUUUCGAGCUUUACGGCCCCAAGAAGUACAGUAUGGAGGAGAUUUCUGUCAUGGUUGACAAGGAAAUUUACAAGCAGCGACGUCAUAUCAACGUGCCCAAAGCUAUCCUCAAGCCCGUCGCUGAGUUGCUGAACAAGGUGCUCUGGUGGCACACUCUAUCCGCUGACGAGAUCGAGCGAGAAUACUUGGAUCAAGUCAUCGAUCCUGAGGCUAAGACUUUCAAAGAUCUGGGAAUUGAACCUGGUGAUAUUAUCAACUUCACCUACCACUACUUGCAAGGAUAUCGAAGCCAAAACUACUACGAUCUGCCCCCUGCGACAGAGAAGGAGAAGAGGGAGGAGAAGAAGUACAUCCACGUACUGGAUGAAUUGUAA